AUGCAAUCGGCAGAAAGAGAGCGAGCGGGACGGUUGUGUUGCGCUGCGAGUGAGUGUUUUCCUGGUCGCGUUUUUGCGCCGCCGACAAUUUCUGUGAAUUAAUUCGGUGAAUAAAAUCCAAAAUCUGAACAUAUUCGUCGACAGCCAGAACCGGACGGAAGAGCGGCACUUCUUCUCGCUCGCACCGUAAAGGUCGUUCGUGUGGGAGUGUGAGUCUGUGUGUGUGUGUGUCGAGGAGGGGAGUGAAAAAUACUCGCGAAACCAAACAAAGUGCACAAAGGCGUCGAUUAAGUUUAAAGCUGCAUAAGCAUAAGCGAAAAAAGCUGAUUUUGUUAAUUCGCAAAGUAGAAGAAUAACGAGUGACCGAGCGCAAUAAGAUAAAAUUGAAGGUUAUUCUUUGUGCGUGAGAGAGGAGAGGAGGCGUGAGAGCCAUUGUAAACAAAAAAGCAAGUGUUGAGCGGGGGAGCCAAAGAGAGCGGGGAGGAGAGAGCGCAGGCUCGCUCGCACGAAGAAAGCAGCGCACAAAGCGAACGCUGAAAAUGUCAAUAAACUCUGCGAAAGGUGAGGAAAAACGCAACAAGAGCGCCGCGGUCGUGUAAAAAAAACCCAAGCGGACAAGCGAAGAAAGCCGUUUAAAGAGAGAGGCAAGUGCUGGGUGUGCGUGUGUGUGUGUGAGAGAGAGUAAGCACUGGUGUGUGUUGGAUCUGAUUGGACUGUGUGCAGAAAAGUCUUUCUGGUUUCGAUUCGCUUGCAACAGUUUCCGCGUUCGCAGCUCCAACAAGUUUCGUCGUUUUUUCGCUGCAUUUUUUGUUUGCUUUAUUGCCAACUUUUUCCUCUGCCCCCCGCUCGUUAGCCCUUACAAGUGUAAUUUACUGUUAAUAAUUCACAGGUGAAAAAUCCAAUUGGCGGCCGAUAUUUGUCGUGCAAUAAUUUUCUCGCUUCCAAUUGGGCAAAUAAUAUACAAGAAACGUAUUUUGAUGAAACAAAACCCAGAAAUCAAAUGCAAACCAAACUAAUAUAAAAAUAAAUAAUACAAAAUGAAAAAAACUAGAUUGUGAAAUCGUGAAAUUUUAACAGGUUUUGGGAUAAUCAAUUUUAUCUACACAUCAACGAAAAUACAAAAGAUAGACUGAUAGACUGAAAAAGGGACACUUGGAAUAUUUCAUUUAUUUUGAAAUGUUUUACAACACAAUGGAACUGCAUCAACGACACCUCUCCAAUUUUUACAAAUUGCACAACUGAGAGUCCAGAGUCUUUGAUAAACACAUAAACCACAAGGCAGUCGACUCCAUAUUGCUACAGAAGCAACAUGCCAAACAUGUCCAGCAUCAAAGCGGAGCAGCAGAGUGCUCCCAUGGGAGGAACCAGCGGCUAUCAGCUGCCAGUCAACAUGUGCACCACCGCCGUGGCAGCCACGACCACGACCACUUUGGGCGUGGUCCACUCUAGCGGAGGCGGAGGAGCCACUGGCUCCCGGCACAACGUCUCCGUGACGAACAUCAAGUGCGAGCUGGACGAACUGCCCACGCCGAACGGCAACUUAGUGCCGGUGAUCGCCAGCUAUGGACACGGACACGGACACGGUAGCCUGCGCAUUCCGCUAAGCGGACAGCCGAGCCAGGAGGAGGAGUCCGACUCGGAGGCGGAACUGGCGAACAUCGAGAGCCUGAAGGUGCGCCGUAGAACGGCGGCGGACAAGAACGGACCGCGACCCAUGUCCUGGGAGGGUGAGCUGAGCGAUGCCGAUGCCGAGGCCAACGUCGGCGAGGAACUGAUGGAAAUGGAGCCGACGAUCAAGAGCGAGAUGACGCCGACGCCCCUGCAGCCGACCUGCGCCCUGCAGCCAAUCAAAACGGAGCUGGAGAACAUUGCCGGCGAGCUGCAGCAGCAGGGCAAGUCCUACCCCAUGGCCAACUCCCAUUCCCACUCGCAUUCGCAUCCGCAUUCUGGGUCGAAAAUCAAACUGGCGCCGACGCAGAGCGAUCCGAUCAAUCUCAAGUUUGAGCCACCGCUGCUGGGUGACAACUCGCCGCUGCUGGCGGCACGCAGCAAGUCCAGUAGCGGCGGCCACCUGCCGCUGCCGGCGAAUCCAAGUCCCGACUCCGCCAUACAUUCCGUCUAUACGCACAGCUCGCCCUCGCAGUCGCCGCUGACGUCACGCCACGCCCCCUACACGCCGUCGCUGAGCCGCAACAACAGCGACGCCUCGCACAGCAGCUGCUACAGCUACAGCUCCGAGUUCAGUCCCACCCACUCGCCCAUCCAGGCGCGGCACGCCCCGCCCGCCGGCAGUCUGUACGGCAACGGUGGGGUGCACCACCAGCAUCAGCAGCAUCAGCAGCACAGUGUGCUCUACCGCCCGCUGAAGGUGGAGGCCUCGUCAUCGUCGUCGUCCAGCGGGCAGGAGGCACAGAACCUGAGCAUGGACUCCAGCGUCUCGGGCGGUCUGGACGCACCGUCGCCCUCGCCGGCGGGCAUUUCGCGCCAGCAGCUGAUCAACUCGCCCUGCCCCAUCUGCGGCGACAAGAUCAGCGGCUUCCACUACGGCAUCUUCUCGUGCGAGUCCUGCAAGGGCUUCUUCAAGCGCACCGUGCAGAACCGCAAGAACUAUGUGUGCGUGCGCGGCGGUCCCUGCCAGGUGAGCAUCUCGACGCGCAAGAAGUGCCCGGCCUGCCGCUUUGAGAAGUGCCUGCAGAAGGGCAUGAAGCUGGAGGCGAUUCGCGAGGAUCGGACGCGCGGUGGCCGCUCCACGUACCAGUGCUCCUACACGCUGCCCAACUCGCUGCUCAGUCCGCUGCUCAGUCCGGACCAAGCGGCCGCCGCUGCCGCCGCAGCAGCGGUGGCUACCCAGCAGCAGCAACAGCAACAGCAGCAACAGCAGCAGCAGCAGCAGCGACUGCAUCAGCUGAAUGGCUUCGGAGGCGUACCCAUCCCCUGCUCGAGUUCCCUGCCGGCCAGUCCAAGUCUGGGGGGAGCUUCCAUCAAGUCGGAGGAGGCAGCGGAGACGGGCAAGCAUGGCCUGCGGACCGGAAGUGUGCCACCUUUGCUGCAGGAAAUCAUGGAUGUUGAGCAUCUGUGGCAGUACACCGAUGCCGAGCUGGCACGCAUCAACCAACCGCUGUCGGCAUUCGCCUCCGGCAGCUCCUCAUCGUCGUCCUCGUCCGCCGCAUCCUCGGGCGCCCACGCACAGCCACAACUGACCAAUCCACUGCUGGCCAGCGCCGGCCUCUCGUCCAAUGGCGAGAACGCCAAUCCCGAUCUAAUCGCCCAUCUGUGCAACGUGGCCGACCACCGCCUCUACAAGAUUGUCAAAUGGUGCAAGAGCUUGCCGCUCUUCAAGAACAUUUCGAUCGAUGACCAGAUCUGCUUGCUCAUUAACUCCUGGUGCGAACUGUUGCUCUUCUCCUGCUGUUUCCGAUCGAUCGACACUCCCGGCGAGAUUAAAAUGUCACAGGGCAGGAAGAUAACCCUAUCGCAGGCCAAGUCAAAUGGCUUGCAGACCUGCAUUGAACGGAUGCUCAAUCUGACGGAUCACCUGAGGCGAUUACGCGUUGAUCGCUACGAAUAUGUUGCCAUGAAGGUGAUUGUGCUGCUGCAGUCAGAUACGACGGAGUUGCAGGAGGCGGUCAAGGUGCGGGAGUGCCAGGAAAAGGCGCUGCAGAGCUUGCAGGCCUACACCCUGGCCCACUAUCCCGACACGCCGUCGAAGUUUGGGGAACUACUGCUGCGUAUUCCUGACCUGCAGCGAACGUGUCAACUGGGCAAGGAGAUGCUGACGAUCAAGACUCGCGAUGGGGCCGAUUUCAAUUUGCUGAUGGAACUUUUGCGCGGAGAGCAUUGACAAUUGAUGACAGAGAUAGAAAUCUGCUGCCGUUGGCAAAACAAGUUUUACAUAUUUAGUAUUAGAUACGUAUAUUUUAGAGAUAAGUUCUUAGUUGUAAGCUCUGGAAACAUGUGCCUAAAAACCAAAGCCACGAUAGCAGCCACAUCAGGCCCACUGGUCGAGAUUGAAUCUAAGCGCAAGAUUGCCAAAUUUAUACACCAAUAUAUAUUUUGAUAUAAGCCAUGUGCAGGGCCCCAGAUUGCUGUUGUUGUUGGCUAGAGUUUCAGUAAGAAAAGUAUAUAUUGAUUUUGCUAUAUAUAUAUACAUAUUUGACUUAUGUAUAGUGUACACUAAAGCACACAUGGAAAAUGAAAAGACUAAAAAUUUAUUAAAGAUUACUUUUACUAUAUUACGAAAGCAUAAAAACGAAAAGGCAUAAAAAACACAAAGGCAUAAAAUUAAAUUUAGUUACAUCAGCUAGCGACAUUUUUAUACCUACCAAUCUAAGGGCAUAUAUUCAAUGUAUUUUUAAUGAAAUGCCAAAACCAAUUUGGUUUGAGGGAGAGCUGCUGAAAUUUUCGAUAAUGUAUCUAUAUAUAUAUAUAUAUAUAUAUAUAUAUAUAUUCAUUAUUAGAAGACGGAUAAUGAAAUCCAAUUUUUAAAUGUUGUAGCAUUUAGUUUUAGUGCAAUUUCACCCAUGUCUACAUAUAUUAAAUAUAUAUCUUCAGCCAGAUAUGUAUGUUCGCAAAAAUAAACACAACAAAAGACCACUCGAAAUUGCCAUCCUGGUUGGCUAAGACUAUUCCAGUUAUGCUGUUUGUUGCAUAAAAAAAAACACAACUACAUACAUAAAUCAAAUGUAUCACUUUAAAUUCGAGUUAAGUUUUGUAUUAACUUCUUCUUUAUAAUUAUUUUUAUUAUGUAAAUCUUACUUAAAUAGCUGAAGCAAAUCCUGCAACAGGAUUCAAAACACGUAAAUACACAAAACCAUACAUCAAAA